AUGGAGGCAACCAACGACAUUACGAAGACGACGAACGAAGACUCCUCGCUCGCUUCUUCGGCACCGAAGAAGAAAGGGGAAGAAGAGGAAGAGAAAGAGUGGGACGUCUGGCGCGCGGCCGCGUACGGGAACCAAGAAAAGCUCGAAUUUUUCGUGAACAACGCCCCGUCUUCUUCGAUCAUAAUAGAUGCGAAAGAUGCGAACGGAUUUCGGCCUUUACAGUGGGCAGCGUUGAACAAUCGCGUCGCGAUCGCGAAGUAUUUGUUGGAUUUAGGCGCGGACGUGAACGCCGGGGACGACGAACGGCAAACAGCGUUACACUGGGCAGCAGUGAGAGGCGCGUUACCAGUCGCGGAAUUACUCUUGCAGCGAAAAGCAAAGCUGCACAAUCAAGAUGUUCGCGGGUACACGGCGGCGCACGUCGCCGCGCAGUACGGCCACGCUUCGAUGUUGUACCAUUUUCUGUUGCGAUGGAAUUUAGACGUGAAUUGCAUGGACGAAGAUAGGCGAUGUCCAUUGCAUUGGGGCGCGUAUAAAGGGUUUAAAGACGUCGUCAAGUUACUCUUGGCGUUUGACGCGGACGUGAUGCGCCCGGAUAGGGAAGGGUGCACGGCGUUGCACUGGGCGGCGAUACGAGGGAAAGCGGAAGCAGCGCACGUUUUAGCCUUAUGUGGCGGCGAAGAGUUGUUGAAAGCGCGAGAUACGGAUGGAAACACCCCAUCGCAACUCGCCAUGGAGAAAGGUCACAAGAGUUUAUCGAACAUGUUGACCAAUCAGUUGGUGACUCUCAAAGAAGGCCAGACGUGGUGGUCGCAAAAAGGCAUGGCGAUAUUCUGUUUAGCCGUCGUGUGCGGGUUGACGUUGAUGUUUGUGAAUUUUGUCGUCGUCGGACCGCUAGGGACGCCCCGCGUGGACGUCGCGUUAGCAGCAUGGUCGUGGAUGGUGGUUAUUAGCUCAAUCACCGGUUUGAUUUUCUUUUGGCGAGUGGCGAAUACCGAUCCCGGAUUCGUAUCCACGCGAGCGCAGUUAGCCGCGAAGAGUUUGAAAAACGCGUCGUCGUCGGUUGAAAAUCUAAUCAACCACAGCGACGAUAUCGACGACAUUGAAAAAGGAUCAGGAUUAGGAGGAGGAGGAGGUAGUAGUAGUAGUGAAAUUACCUCUUCCUCCGCCGCCUCCUCGUUAAAGUGGCUCGAUCACCCCGAGCUUUGGGCGGGCAACUGGGAACGUCUUUGCGUCACGUGUAAAAUAGUCAAACCGGCUGGAACUAAACACUGCCAAAUCGCCAAACGGUGCGUCAGGAGAUUCGACCACUACUGUCCGUGGAUGGGCAACACGGUUGGCGCGAAAAACCACCGCGACUUUGUCAUCUUUCUGCUCCUGGAAACGUUCGCCAUGAUCGUCUCCUUGCUCGUCGCCGUCAUUCGAGUCUGGGAAGAAAAUCCGUCCGAAAAGCAACGCUCGAAAACCGGCGUCUUAUUCUUCGUCGCCUGCGACGUCGCCGUCUUAAUCCCAGUCCUGCUGUUAGUCUCCUCGCAACUCGCGCAAGUCGCCCGAAACAUCACCACCAACGAGUUGAUGAACUUGCACCGGUACACGUAUUUGCGAGCGACGGACGGGACGUUUAAAAACCCGUUCGAUAAAGGCGUGUUUAAAAAUUUAGUCUCCUUUUUCUGCGUCGACGCGAAUAGACGAACCAGAGAGUUCGAAGAGAAAGCGAAUACCAACGUUGGUGGGUUUACACCCAAAAACGCAACAACGAAAGAUUGA